CAACCACAAUUACAUUACGCACCGGCACACUAGAGUGGAACAGGUGAGAAGAACUCUAGGUGAGACAACUUUCUCCUCGCACUUGCAACAACGACUAUUUUUGUUGGAUUUUACAGUAACACAGAAGACAUGGCCUCAAACACCAAGCCCACAGACCCAAUGGAGGUACUGAGAGGGCAAUGUCUGGCCAGGGGAGCAGCUGGCAUCAAGGGACUGGCAAGGACGUUCCGCAUCAUGGACGACGAUGGCAGUAAGUCUCUGGACCUGCAGGAGUUUAUUAAGGGACUGGAGGACUAUGGCGUGGUGGUGAGCAGAGAGGAUGCCCAGCAGAUCUUCACACUGUGUGACAAGGACGGCAGUGGCACCAUCAACUUCAACGAGUUUCUGGAGAAUCUGAGGCCUCCUAUGUCCAGUGCCAGGAUCUCUGUGAUCGGUCAGGCCUUUAAGAAGUUGGACCGGACAGGGGAUGGGGUGGUGACGGUGGAGGACCUGAGGGGGGUCUACAACAGCUCACAACACCCCAAAUAUAAGAGCGGGGAGUGGACCGAGGAACAGGUCUUCCUAACCUUCCUCAGCAGCUUUGAUUCCCCCGACAACAAAGACGGCAAGGUAACUCAGGAGGAGUUCAUCAACUACUACAGUGGAGUGAGCGCCUCUAUCGACAGUGACGAAUACUUUGUUACUAUGAUGCAGAAUGCCUGGAAGCUGUAGGCACCACUGGCUAGCUACAUUCAUAUGUAUUCUACUAAUAUAUUUUGCUAAUCAGAAAGAGCAGCUUUGCAUUCAUUUAGGACUGUGAGAAAAUAGACAAAUGUUAGUUUAUAGUUUUUCAAUGGAACAGAAUAGCUUUAAAUGCACAGAUACACGCUGUUUCUACUGAAUGAUUUAUAUAUAUAUAUAUAUAUAUAUAUAUAUAUAAAUAAAAAUUAUUAAUCAAGUUUCUUGGGCCAUAUUGCUUUGUCUUGUUGAGCUCUCUCUGACGGUUUAAGCUACAUCAUAAAUUAUGCUAAUGUUUGCCAAAUAAACUACAUUUCUAGCAGCACAAUGACUGUUCCUUUAAAUGCUGCAUCUACCUGUACAAGUACAGUAUAUCUGGCUCCAAGUUCUGUAAUAGUUUAGUAACCAUAGCUACUAUGCAUACCAAAAGCAAAGGACUCAGAAUCCCCGGACUCUCUAAUCAGUCUAAGUUGUAGUCUAGUGCAUGCAGAUCAGAGGUCCUAUACCGCCUAAACGGUGGAAUUGAAUUAUUGAGUGCAUAUGCAGUGUUAUAAUUUGUUCUUAUGGUGUCAACACCCAGGGUCGUCAUCGCUAGUUUUCUGCGCUUUAAUUAACUGUGGACAAUUAGGUGAAAAGUCAAGUUUGCAAUUCAGGGAGCUGUCAAUGUUACUGAAAUGUAAUUGAUGAUCAGCCCUGCGUUUCCCUUAAAGGACAUUGUAGCGCCGGUAGAUGGAGCAACAGAGCCACGUGUGUUAUUUUGAUUCCUUUAGGCCUACAGGUAGAAUAGCAUUCAUAUGCCCACAUUUACCUGUAAGUAGUUCUGAGAAAGUAGACUUCUUAUCUACCGGUGUGUGAAAAUAUU